AACAUUAGUGGUUUACCAAUUAGUCAUACCUCUAAUGAUUGGUGCUUAACAGGGAUGAAGAGGUUAUGGGUGGCUUAAAACAUAAUCAAGGAAAUGAAGUUGAUAAUGCAUCAAAAGGAAAGUUCGUGAUCCUUCCAUUGAAUAAAUUUCUUAUUGAUGAAGAACUAAGAGAGCACGCCAGAGAUAAUGAUGUUUCUAGUUGUUAAAUCAAGACUAUUCUUAAUCAUCCAUAAGCAUUGAAGAAAAUGACAUCAUUUCGCGUGACUAUAGUAUGUUUUUGGAAUGGUUGUAUUCAAGAAAAUAGUGGCAAAGUUCAUUAUGUUGGGGGAAGACUUAAGUUGUUUGCUUGCAAUUCGAACAUGGAUUUGAACCACUUUAAACGUUUUAUAUGUUCUAAGAUUGGAUUGGACCCUACUAGAAGUAACGUAAAUAUAAGCUUUAAAUAUGCCAUGAGUGGAGAAUUUAUUGCCUUUCCUGUUGAGGAUGAUGAGGCUAUAGAUGCGAUGUGGAAGCAUUCAAAGUCUACCCAAAUUCCCUCUUUGGAGUUAUACGUAGAAGAAGUACCAUUAGGGAAUGUAGUUACUUCUAAUCCUACUCCUACCCCUAUGCCUAGAUUUACUCAGGAAACUGUAAAUCCCGCCGUUUCUUCCGCAUCUUGUGUUUUUUCUCAACAUCCUACGAAUGAAGUUCCAAUUGAUUCAAUGGUUAACUUAGGAAAAGUUGCUGAGAUGGACCUUGAGAUGAUGGAAAUGAGAGUAACGAGCUCAUUGACGAUCCUUCUGAGGACGAUGUGGAUGUCGAUGAUGAUGCGCUAGCAAAUGACAUGACCCUAGGCAACAUUCCUACAAUCAUUCCUCCUACACCUUAUGCCCUUUGUCCACCUUUAGAUGAGUAUGCGGAGGACAACUCAUGGAGGACUUGGGCAUGUGAUACCACAUACACCGAACAAGGAGAGUUUGAGAAGGUUAUGAUGUUUGAUAGCAAAGAAUCGUUGUUGGAAGCUAUCAGAGUGUAUCAUAUUGGGAGAAAUGUCGAAUACAGAACGGAGACCUCGAACCAAACUGUCCUUUCCUUGAAGUGCAAGCGGGGUUGUUCGUAGAAACUUAGGGCUACGUUGGGAUCGAAGACUAGAGUUGUUGGCACAAGUGUGCCAAUCGAUGUUCAUGGCGCACCUACUACACCAGACUACAUGCCGUGGUUCCUCUCCAUCACGUGCCGAUGGAUGACACCACGUGCCAUCUUCGCAGCAGCACAUUACGCACCUGCUGCGCCUACGAUGACCCAAUUUGCACAAGGUGCGGCAGACGUGAUGCGAUACAGCCACGAGGAGCCCGUGAGGGAGAUUGCGCAUGGCAUGCUCGUCGGCUCGCAGUUCCAGCACUUCAUACCGGAAGUCGCUGCAGAGUCCUCAACGACUACAGCCCAUACGCACGUCUCAUCUCCUGCUUAUGACUACCAUUUGGAGGAGAUGAAUCACUCAUACCCCGUUGACGCUGCGGGGACCUCGCAGGCUGGGCCAUCACAGCCAUCACAGUACCAAUCCCCUCCACUGCCAGAACGACACCCGAACGCCUCUUACUAUCGUAGGAGGGGAAGGAGACCAACUCAGUUGGAUAGGGUAGAUGCGGGUUCGUGAGCGUUAACGUUUUAUCUUUUGUGUAUUUGAAUCGACUAUGUACAUAUAUAUAUAGUUUACUUGAGUUGUAUAUUUCAAACAUGUGUAUAUAUUUUAUUGUAUAUAUAUGUUUAAUUACUUUAUCAUAGCCUCCAAACUUUGACUUAUGAAUGAUUUGA